AUGGGUUUCAAAAUUGAACCCGGUAUGCUAAUUAAAGUUUUAUUUGAAAAUAAUAAUGCUUUUUUUUACAAAUACGCAAAAAUUUAUUUUUUACAACCAAUCAAUGUUGGUGAUGUUGCCUCUGUUAAUGAGCGACUUGGAUUCUUGAAUUUCUUUUUAGCUACUGCUUACGACAAUGUAGACAUAGACACAAAUGAAUAUUCCAGAAACUAUCCUGAAAAUAUGAAAUUGCCAUUAGGAUACGAUCCAUGGAGUGAAGGUUUUUCUGGUGAUUCAUUUGUUAAAACACUUGAUUAUAUAGAUUUAUAUUAUUUAUCUAGAUAUACGGUUUCAAAUGUAUUAUCAACAUCAUCAAAUAUAAAUAACAAUGUUGCAAAAAUAACUACUCUGCCAAAUGGUGUACGUGUUACAACUCAAAAUAUACCUGGUCACUUUUCAGCAGUUGGAGUAUAUGUUGAUACAGGUUCAAGAUAUGAAACUGAAAAAAAUAUCGGUAGUACAGAAAACCGAUCAGAAGAAAAAAUGAUUGAAACAAUGGAAUCAUUAGGAUCUAAUAUAAUGUGUGGAAGUAAUCGUGAAGCAAUUACAUAUCAAUCAGCAAUUUUUCCACAAGAUUUAUCAAAAGUGAUAUCAUUAUUUGCUGAUGUUAUUCGUAACCCACUAAUUUCUCAAAAUGAAGUUAUUGAACAACAACAAUCAAUAUUAUAUGAAAUCAAUGAAGUAAAUCAAAAGCCUGAUAUAUCAUUAGGUGAGAUACUUCAUAUUGUUGGUUAUAAAAACAAUACAUUGGGUAAUCCUAUUCUAUGUCCUGAGGAAAGAUUAUACCAGAUAACUCCUAAUUUAAUUAAAGAGUUUAUGUCAACUUGGUAUGUACCAGAACGAAUUGUUGUUGCUGCAAUUGGUGCAGAUCAUGAUGAAGUUGUUGAUUUGGUUUAUAAAAAUUUUGGUGGUUUAGGUGGUGUAGUUGAACAAUCAUCUGAUAAAACUCAUGUCCAACUAGCUUUUGAAGGAUUGUCUGUACAUGAUCCAGACAUUUAUGCACUGGCAAUACUCCAAUCACUUUUAGGUGGAGGUGGUUCAUUUUCAGCAGGUGGACCUGAUUCUGGUUUAUUUGGUAUAGUGGCUUCAUGUGAUUCAGAAUAUAGUUCAAUUUUAUUGGAGGUUUUAGGUCAACAAUUUGAUACUUUAACUACUUUUGAUGGUUAUAAUUCUAUUACAAAUGCAGAAUUAUUUCGUGCAAAGAAUCAGUUGAAAAGCAAUUUGUUAAUGAGUUUAGAGUCUAGAAUGGUGCAAUUAGAAGAUUUAGGAAGACAGGUUCAAGUAUUUGGCAAAAAAAUUCCAAUUGAAGAAAUGUGUCAAAAAAUAGACAAUCUUACAUUAAGUGAUGUUAUUCGUGUCGCAAGAAGAAUUAUUAGAGGUCAAGUAUAUAAUGAAGGGAAUGGUUCUGGUGAGGUGACAUUAGUUUUCCAUGAUAAAAAACAAUUAUUUGAUUUACCUGAAGUUUUAAAAUUAUGUGAGAAAUAUGGUCUUGGUAGAUAUUAUGGUAGCAAUUCAAAAAAAAAUUAA